AUGAAUAUUUUCACUUCCGGGUAAAUAACAACAAAAUAACAGAGAAUGGAUUUAAAGCGGGUCAAAAAUGAGGAGAAGCUGAAUUUAUGCAAGAAGUACUACCAAGGAGGGUUUGCCCUGCUGCCGUUCCUCUGGUUCGUGAACUCUGUCUGGUUUUUCCGGGAGGCAUUUCUGAGACCACACUUUGAGGAGCAAAAACAGAUGCGUACCUAUGUGAUGCGAUCCAUUUUAGGUUCUGUGUUGUGGAUCUGCGCUAUAGUUACCUGGGUAACAGUGUUCCAGUUAAAGCGGGCGGAGUGGGGUCCAACUGCCGACUAUAUGUCCUUCAUCAUUCCACGAGGGGAACUCUGAUACUUACUUAUUGUUGUGCAUAAAAGAUAGUAUGAACAGUGUUUAAAGAUGUUUUUCAUCCGGGCAAGGACAAGCAGUGAUUUUGUGCCUUGUGUGGCAGAUGGAAAAUUGAUAUCAUGAUCAACCUUAAUAUUUUGCUCUCUCUAAGACCCUCAUCAUGAGUUUAUAAAAUAACUUAUUUGCUUAUAUACCGGAAAAAAACAACAACAUUGAAGUAGUACUAUAAUGUCUUUUCUUUGUACAUAUUUGUCUGUGAUAAUAUUUGGGACAAAAAAUAGUUUGUAAGACAAAGACAGUCCUUUUAAAUGUAUACGGUAUAAUGGACCAAGUCAAAGUGUUAUUGUUUACUGCUGUACAUGUGUAGCUUGUUUGCUUAAAAGUGAUUUUAACUUGUCUGUGUUUUGAAGAAACAAAGUUGAUGUUUUGUCAUAGCCAUGGGUUUGCAUGGUUGUAACAUCAUGCAAAAAAACAUAAGCAUUGGCCAUAAUUCGAAAACAAUGAAAAGUUUAAGCAUGAACCUUGGUAUAAAUGUUUUCUAUAGCUAGAGCCUUGUGACAUAACCCGUAAAUAAUCUCUUUAUGCCCUAUGAUUGGGAAACAAAUAACAUCUGCAUGCAGUGCUGUUUGUUUGUACUGAAUAUAAUAUUGGUUCUCUUCAACCUUCAAUACUUUGUGUAAAAUAAUGGUUUGUUUUGUAGAUACAUGUGGAUUGGACAUCAUUUAAAUAUUUUUUUCAAUCCAUAAGACUGUAUGGUGUUGCACUAUCAAACAAAAUGUAAUCAUAUUUUUAUGGUAAUUUUGCAUUGAUCAUUCAAACCAUUAUCAAUUAUUUGUAUAUAAUAAAGCAACAUUCGUGAUUGGAACAUCUAGACACAUUGUUGCCUCUUUGUUAAAAUGCUCAGACUCAAGACGUGCUAUUAAAAUACAGGUACUGGAACAAUGCCGUAGGAACUACUAAUGCUUGUGGAAAACUUUUGUCUGUUCUUUCAGUUUAAUAGUAUUGCAUAACUUAAAGAAAAUCUUAUGAGCACCAUAAAAAUAACACAUGUACUGAAACAUUAUAGUAGGGAUUUCUUGUGAAGUUUUUUGUCUGUUUGUCCAGUAGAAUGGAACUACAUGAAUUCUAUGAAAACCAUGAAAUGAAUUACCAGUUGUGAGUUUCUUGUUUACUGUGAUUUUGAAAUUUUAACUCAGAUAAAUUUAAACAUGCCAAAAUUAUAAGAAAAGCUUCCCGAAAGAAUAUAGAGAUUAUUUUUAUCAGAUCAUUACAAUCGGAUGGACAUUCGGAACACCUUGGCCAUUAUCCAACAGAAUUGACCAAGCUUGCUAGAGAUGGCCGAGUUGUUUGUCAGAUUUAUUGUGAGCAAUUGCUUCAUUUAUUAAAAAAAACUGUUUAUGAUCCUGUGGAUGAAUGAUGUGUACACAAGUUAACUAUUGUGCAAUAUAUUUCUUGAAAUGAAAAGUGAAAUAAUAAAUUUUAAAUGCUU